GAUGUAUGGCCAGUACUCCAGGGACCUGGGGGACUUCGCCAGAAGUGAAUCACAUCGCGUCAAAGAGCUUGAGAAAAAGCGCAAAAAGGAGGAGAGGCUGCGGCGACAAGAGCUGCUCCCCUACCGUGGGAAGUGGAAUCGGCGAGUUCUUAAAGUGCUGGGCUACUUUUGGAAGCACACGUUCGCAAGAAUUGGAGAGGACUGGGUGUUUCUGGCCAUCUUGGGAGUACUGAUGGCCUGCAUCAGCUUCUUAAUGGACUACGGCAUCGCAAUGUGCAACAAAGCGCGCAUCUGGCUGUACCGGGACCUGACGACACACCCGGUGCUGCAGUACAUCGCCUGGGUCACGCUGCCCAUCAGCCUGAUCCUGUUCUCCGCCGCCUUCGUGCACAUCGUCUCCAAAUCGGCCGUCGGCUCCGGCAUUCCCGAGAUGAAGACGAUCCUGCGCGGCGUGCCACUGGAUGAGUACCUGACGUUCCGCACGCUGGUGGCCAAGGUGGUCGGCCUCACCGCCUGCCUCGGCUCCGGCAUCCCGCUGGGCAAGGAGGGCCCGUUCGUCCACAUCGCCAGCAUCGUGGCCACACUGCUGACCAAGCUGGUGACGUCCUUCAAGGGCAUCUACGAGAACGAGAGUCGUAAUAGCGAGAUGCUGGCGGCGGCCUGCGCCGUCGGCGUGGCCUGCAGCUUCGCCGCGCCCAUCGGGGGCGUGUUGUUCAGCAUAGAGGUGACGUCGGUGUACUUUGCCGUUCGGAACUACUGGCGCGGCUUCUUCGCUGCCGUCUGCGGCGCCAUGGUGUUCCGCCUUCUAGCCGUCUGGUUUGAGGAUGAAGAAACGAUAACUGCCUUAUUCAAGACAGACUUCAAGGUGGAUUUUCCAUUUGAUCCACAAGAGCUGUUUGUUUUUGCACUAAUUGGGGCUGUGGCCGGCUUCGCUGGUGCAUUCUUCGUGUGGCUACACAGGACAUACGUUGUCUUCAUGAGAAGCAACGCCUGCAUGAAGAGCUUCCUCUCGAAAAAUCGCUUCCUGUACCCGUUUCUGGUGGCGCUGUUGAUCUCGUCUGCCACCUUUCCCCUGGGUCUGGGGCAGUUCCUCGCGGCCGACCAGACCACUCAUGAUCAGGUUUUGGAGUUAUUCGCGAACUUCACUUGGUCUUCUGAAGAGCUCUCUGUAGACGAAGCCGAAGCAGUGGAUCACUGGACAAAUCCAUACACCAACUUCUACAUCAACUUGUGCAUAUACAUCUUAGUCACGUUCUGUAUGGCUGUGGUGGCGUCCACCCUCCCGGUGCCGUCCGGCAUCUUCAUCCCCGUGUUCAAGAUGGGCGCGGCGUUCGGCCGUCUGGUCGGCGAGUGUCUGGCAAUGUGGUUCCCGCAGGGGGUCCGCUACGGAGGCCACAUCUCCCCCAUCCGUCCAGGUGGUUACUCGAUCGUCGGUGCCGCCGCGCUAGCCGGCUCCGUCACGCACACCAUCUCUACCUCAGUAAUCGUGUUCGAACUCACCGGUCAGAUCAAC